UUCAAAAUGACAAAUGACAUUGACAUAUAGUUGUAACCUAUAAAAUUGUGUGUAUUAAUAAUUAAUUAUUUUAUUUGUGCACAAAUUGUUAUUAUUCACAAAACAAGAGGCAUAGGAACAAAUUUAACAUGUUUAAGCUGCUCAAUCGCCACGGCCGCCGGAGUGGCAUAGUUAACUUAUUUUGCGACAAAAAGUUCGAGGUUAGAAAAGCUAGAGUUUAUUAUUUUUAUUCAUCGGCCGGAUCAGUGCGAUAUGCUUCGACGGGGAAAAUUGUUCCCAUAGCGGAUAACAUUCCGGAACCGCCGCCUAUACCCGAGCCGACAGUUGGUGGGAUUACAGAGGCUGUGCAGUCUUUGGCGGCUAACGGGGAGCCUACGUUCGCCAGCCUGGGCCUCGGAGGAUGGAGUCCUGUAGGUAUGGUGCAAAACUGCCUCGAGUUUCUACACGUAUCCCUAGACAUACCUUGGUGGGGCGCAAUCGUCAUCGGAACUUGUGUAGUAAGACUGUUCAUGUUCCCAUUAGUUGUUAUAUCACAGAGAAACACCGCAAUCAUGAAUAACAACUUACCAGAAAUGCAGUUGUUGCAGAUGAAAAUGACUCAAGCCAGACAAAUAGGAAAUCAACUGGAUUCUGCUAGAUAUGCACAGGAAAUGAUGAUUUUUAUGAAAGAGAAAGGUUUAAAUCCUUUGAAGAAUCUUAUGGUACCUUUGGCACAAGCGCCGCUUUUUAUUUCCUUCUUCAUGGGCCUCAGAAGUAUGGCCAAUUGUCCUGUAGAGAGUAUGAUGCAUGGUGGAAUGUGGUGGUUCACAGACCUAACUGUACCUGAUCAGUUCUUUAUAUUGCCUCUUAUUACCAGUGCGACAAUGUGGGCAACUAUCGAGGUAGGGGUCGACGGUGGGCGCUUAGAAGCACAGAACAUGCAGCUAAUGAGAUAUGUCCUGAGGGCAAUCCCACUUGUUAUGAUUCCCUUUACAAUAAACUUCCCGGGAGCCAUUUUAGUGUAUUGGGUCUCAACUAACUUUAUAUCUCUCUGCCAAGUGGCUUUCCUUAAAAUACCAGCUGUUAGAGAGUACUUUAAAAUACCUCCACUGAUAACACAUAAGGCAGAUAAUUUGCCAAUAAAGAAGAAAGGAUUUGUCGAAGGUGCAAAGGAGUCUUGGACCAAUAUCAAAAUUUCGAGAAACCUUGCAGAUAGGCAGAGAGUUGACGAAAUGAUCUUCACUAAAGCAGGACAGGGUGCUGUGCAGAAAACCUUCAAAUAUGACCCAACAAAAGUAGCAAAAAUUCAAGCAAAACCUAAAUAGUUAAAUUUUAAUUAUAGUUUUAGUCUGUAGAUUAUGUAUUAAAUGUGUUGUAAAUAAUAA